AAUUUAAGAGAAUGUUGCUGAUGAUGCAUCUCAUAACACCACCUGUACUACACCUGAGCAUGAGGAAGGCAGGUGCCCUACUGCAGAGGGGGAAUUCUAUCAAAAACACAAACAGUCCAGUCAGGCCUCAUUGCUCCAGGUAGUCCUCCAGUAUGCUGAAGACCAGGACUGAAUUCACAGCCCAGUCUGCAGGAAGCCAGUAGUGCAGCUGCUGUUUUUCAAGACCACAAAUCUCCCUAAAUACUGCCAGUCAGCUGCUACAUGGUCUGCAGCUGCAACAUAGAAGGUACCUGUAAUAUUUAGCAAAGCAGGGUGAAUUCACUGGUCAGCAGAGUCAGAUAGAAAAACAGAGGUGAAUGAGCGUAGCUGCUUUUUUUCUGUCGGGCAGAGUGCAUUGGGAGACUUAUCAGCGUUCCCUUCAGCAGCGUGUUGGAGCAAAGUCAGGAGUUGAGGAAACCUGCUGAGUUCAUGUUGCAGAGGGUGGAGAAGGAGAGCCGGCAACAGGACGAAUCAAGAGGGAAGAGUGGAGGAAAAAAACAGAGCUGAAAACAAAGAGUCCUCAGCUGCAGAGAAGAAAGAGACAGAGAGAGACGAGGAGCGGAGGAGUCGAACCCGCUGACAGGCAGACGCUGGACAACAUGGACGUGAGCUCUGCCAUGGAGAAGAUGUCUGUGAAGCAGCGUGCAGGAGUUGCGGUUCAGUGUCAUGCAUGUAAGGAGAGCUGCUCUGGAUUCCAGCCACAUUCUUGGAGGAAAGCCUGCAUCGCCUGCGGCUGCAGCACAGUUGACCACGCUCCUGGAGGUGACGCCGAAGAUGACCAGCAAAUGGGACGCCUGCUCGCAGACUCACCCUGCUCCCAUUUGACAGCGAAGGUCAAAGGAGGCGGCGGCCUUCGCAUGUACAAGAGGAACCGCAUGAUCGUGACCAAUCCCGUGGUGUCGCGUAAAGACCCGACCUUCAACACUACGACAUACGACUGGGCGCCGGCCGGCCUCAACCAGACACUGGCUAUGCAGUACAUGGAGCUCAUCCCAGAGAGUCAACGUCCCCUCUCAGGGACAGUUGGAGCGUUGGAGCGACGCAGGCAGCUCUUCAGUCAGCUCCCAGCCUACGACCAGGACCCCAUGAAGUGUCAGAGCCUGGCCAGUGAGGAGGAGAUUUCCUCCAUGCUGCUGUUUGUGAAGAGCUACAAACAGGAGGUGCUGGGAGUCGGAGAGGUGGCCCUACCUGGUGAGGGUGGUGCUCUGAGGGAAGCAGCCAUUCAGAGGACAGCAAAGGAAGCCAAGGACCGUAGUAACAGUGACAAAAAAGGUGCUCUGGAGCAGCAGCACCAUGGCUUGACCGACAGCAGCACUGCCACCGCCACUGGCUCCACUAACGGAACAGAUGACAACACCAAGACUGUACAUCUGUGCUCUGGUUGCCAAGGUGAGGUUGCCAAGGAGAGUCCAGCUGUUUACGUUGAGCGUGCAGGUUACCAUAGCGCCCUGUGGCAUCCCACCUGCUUCGUAUGUUCAGAGUGUGGCCAGGGUCUGGUGGACCUGGUCUACUUCUGGUCCAAUAAGAAGCUGUUCUGUGGACGACACUACUGUCAGACGGUCCGGCCGCGAUGCUCAGGCUGCGAUGAGCUGAUCUUCUGUCAGUCUUUUCACACGGCUAAAGAUGGACGGACGUGGCAUCCUCAUCAUUACUGCUGCUGGAAGUGCGGGCAAAACCUGGAUACACCCUGUCAGCACUGAGAUGCUCACGCAACACAGCGUUCAACACAAUAUGGUGUUCAGUUUAAAGAAGUUUAGCACUGCUAGAAAACAGAAUAACAAGGUCAGACAAGACAAAAAAAUGUUGAUUCUCUUUUUUUCUAUAAACAAAAAAAAUACGUAAAGGAUAAAUAAUCCUUAAUAAGUAGUGCUUAACGUCUUUAAAUUAUAUGUUUAGUUGACAUUUAGUAUUUAAAAUAGUGUAUGCUACAGGGCUGGCUGAUAUAUUGAUGUUUAAAAUACUUAAGACAUCUAACUGACAUUGAAGUACUUUAAGACUUGUUCAGUUGAGCCUACUGGUGUUUCAAGUACUUAAGGAAAUGUUUAGUUGACACAAAAGUGUUUAAAGUACUUAGAAACAUUUGGUGGAUUUAUUAGCACUUAGCGCUGACAGUGACUGGAGCCAGAUGUUUCAGAUACAUACAGCAGCCUACAGGACGGAGGAUCAGACCUGACAGUUUAGAGAAGAAAUUAGUAAAUUAGAUAAAAUUACAAAUACAUUUAUUAGUAAACAAGGAUAGAAAAAGGCCCACUUACUUGCUGGUUUCAGAGCUUUCAAUCACAUCACACAGUCUUCAUCAGCAGAUGGAGUGGGCUCAGUAAUCAUGGAACUGUAGAUGUUAAAGUUUUUUAACAUUGCAUUUUAACAUACUGUCAUAGAUUAGGUCUAGAUUUUGAAGGGCCACACUGUGUUGUUGUAAUCUUAACACAGAAAAUAUCUCGGAAGACUUUACUAAAUAUUAACGCAGUUGUAAUUAAUUACCAUGUCAGGUUUGAGUCUGUGCACAUUUGUGUAUCACUUUUAUUUCAGGCAGAAAUAACUAGAUAUUUGACUUUAACAUCAGAGAACUGGACAGCCAGAAGGCUGGAGAAGGCGUGUAACUAAUUAAAAAUUAAUAAUACUCUGCCGGAUUUUUUGUUUGUUUUGUUUUUGUUUUUGCUGCAGUAGAUUUUAACCAUCUGCUUUUUAAUACUCAUCAUUUGAAGUUGGGUCGUGUUUUUGUACUAACUGUAGGCUAUAAACAGAAGCAGAGAUUUUACUCUUAAUAUGUAAUUUUCUUAAUUUUCUUUUUGACGUUUUAUUUUUGUGGAUCCAUUCUGCAGUUAACCUCUUAGAUAAACAUGGAUCUCUGCUGCUGCUAAAUGCUGCUUUAUGUUAGUUAUACUCCUGAUAAAGAUUUGUAUUUUGCUACAGUUAACAAAGAUGUUUGUCACCCAAGAGGAGAGUACUGUGAAGUAGCCACACAAAGUUUACUGGCUGCAUUGUAUUUUUU